GUUCAUUAAUUCUAAUAAUUAAUUGGAUUACAUUUCUUUUAUUUCUUUUUUAUUUCUAAUUAUUUAAAUACUUUCGACACAUCUCAAUCUUUUGGUUAUUAAGAAAUUAACCUGAUAAAUCUUCUCUUGGUUCUUCAUUGAUUGAGUCCAAUUUUCUUAUCCUUUGGUUUUGUCAACAUGGUUCAUCUUUAAUCAAUAUUAAAGGUCUUGGUCGUUUAUUGCAUUAAAUUUACUCUAUUGUUGGAUUAACUGAUUCUUGAUUGUGAUUUGAAGCAGUUCCAACUCAUUAUAAUCUUGGUUAAUCACUUCCAAUCUGUGGAUAUAUUUAAGAAAUUCUGUUGCUCUCUAUUGAAACUUAAUCUCAAGGGCUCAGUUCACAUCUCACUUGUUUACGUUUUUGUUUUUUAUUCUACUCGUGUUUGGUCAAUUUAAUUAUGUGAUUUGGUGAUUAACUGGACUCCUAAUCACAAGCAUUAUCACUUUCUAUUUUACCAGUAACUCAACUUGUAAAGACUAACUUUCACAGGCUUAAUAUUUUCUAUAAUAAUGGACAACGAAAUUGUGACGGACAAAAAGGAUCGAUUUUUACAACAAAAGUUGAACAAAUUGAAACCUAAAUUUACCCUUCUUAUGAAAGGAUUUUCUGCCAAGGAUGAUAAACAAUUGCAAUUAAAAGAGCAACAUUACCUUUCUAUUCAAGAGAUUCAACAUUUGCUAAUGGCGUGUUUUAUUCCUGGUUCAAGAUUACCUUUAAAACCGGACUGGUUUCGCUUAGAAAGAUCUGCGAAAGCGGAAAAAGUUGGUAUUUUUAUCCUAGACUUCGAUACUAAAGACAUACCUUUAUCGAGAUGUGCUAAAGAAACUGUUCGGUUCCAAGUUGAACCUGGAUGGUUAGAUAAAUUGUUAUCAACCAAUUUAAGCAGAAGAGUGACCGAAAAAAUAAACAACGAUCGAUCCCUAAUGAAAACCAUUGAAGAACAAGAAAAGGAAGCAAAUGAAGAUUGGAAGAAAUGCAAAAAAUUAACUAGAUUGGAUCUUUUAUUAUCACCAGCACAAAUGCUGGAAGAAGGGAUUUUAUUCCCUAAUCCAAUGAGCCCGAUUAAGAAUACAACUCGUAAAAGUUAUCUUCCUGUUACUGAAAAUUCACCAAUGUUUGCAUUAGAUUGUGAAAUGGUCCAAGGAGUAAAAGAUCCUAAAUUAUUAGCUCGAGUUAGUAUAGUAGAUGAACAUUAUAAUCUGGUUCUUGAUACAUUGGUAAAACCCGAGGAGAAAAUUAGAAAUUAUGUUACCCGUUAUAGUGGAAUCACUAAGGAAAUGUUGGAUCCUGUAGAUAUCACAUUGGCUGAUGUGAAGAAAAUUUUAAAGAAGGUCAUCCCACGUGAUGCAAUUCUUUGUGGUCAGUCUUUGAGUAAUGAUCUUAUAGCGUUAAAGACAUUCCAUCCUUAUAUAAUUGACACUAGUGUAAUUUACAAUUUAACUGGACUCCGAGCAGUUAAAACAGGAUUAGCUGCAUUGUCGGGAAAUUUUCUUGGAGAGACAAUUCAAAAUUCACGUUCUGGACAUUGCUCCAUUGAAGAUGCUCGAGCUACAAUGAAAUUGGUCAAUCAUAAAUUGGAUAAAAAUCUUUGUUAUGCCGAUGCUGUUUUAGAUUCUAGACUUGUUUCGAGUAAAACGAUGAUCCCAUUGUCCAGUUUCUUUCAUUUAUACGAGGCCGAUGUUAAAGUUUAUCAUGAUUUUAUCAGCACCGAAAAUACUAAUCGAUUUAUCUCAGUGCUGACUCGCUGGAAGCCUAAAGUCGCCGCGGAAAUGGGCUCACUCGUUCUCAAUCCUAAAAAUAUCUGUAUUAUAAUUACUAAGGAGGGAUAUUGUUACAUAAAUAUUUAAAUAAUUGAUUCUUUUGAUUACCAUUGAUUGAGAUUCUCUUUGAAUUAAAAGCUCACUUUAAAUCGAA